ACAUUCAGAAUCCAACUGCCAAGCAGUCAAGAUGUCGAGCUCUAAACUUGCCCUUCUUAUCCUGGUCAUCGCCUGCUUGGUCCUCAUCGCUUGGGCACGACCUAGGUCGAGGUCAUCACUGUACAAUGAGGUCAAUUCCUUGCCGGCGGAGAGGAGGAUGAGCAACGAAAUUAUGGACCAGAUAUCACCCAUGAGGAGGCCACAUAAGAGGGAAUACUUCCUGAAGAGGCGCUCGUUUGACAGCCCAAAGAUGUUGAUGUCCCGGAGUCCCUUCCUCGAGCGUUUCUACAAUCAUCCGGCCCCCGAGAUGGCUCCAGGUGGAUCGAACUACUUUGACAAUGAUGUUCUUCCGCUGUCCACAUUCGAGAUCCUGGAACCAGAAUCUUUAUUUUAGGAAGACAUCAAAUAUCUAAGAAAUUUCUAUCUAAACUUAGUUUGAUAAAGUUCUUUUAUUCCUUACUUAAACAAAUUAAAUUUAGUUUAAUUUAAGUACGGACAUUUCUUUCUUGAAAAAAAGAAAAUAUAUUUAAGAGGUUAAAGAAA